UCCAUUUAGUAGGAGAGAGAUCAUUUAAAACAGAGAUCAAUUUAAAAAAAGAAGAAAAAAGUUAGAGGCUGCUACAGCAGUUUCAGCUGAGGAAAAUCAGCAAACUGAAUCCUCCAAGUGGAAUCAGUACCUCUCGGUUAAUUCUGCACUGAAGAGGAUGGCACGUUCUUUUUUAUGUGUACAAAUACAUCCUGCACUUGUGGAUUCGAUCUGGACAUUUCAAAGAGCUCUAGGGGAGUGAAGUGCCUCACUCUCUGUCUCGUUGCAAUUUUUUUCUUAACUCGCUUGGUCUCCUUUGAAACAUUCAGAGUGUUCACAGUUUUUAAAGGUUUCAUAAAAGAUAUUGUAUUAAAUAAAUGGAAGCUUAACGUGAAUUAGUGUCUGUAAAGAUUAUGCAUGAGUAUUAAGGAAUUAUAAGGCAUCAGACUCGAGCAGCUGCUCAUAUAGAGAAGGAUUUUCUAUUGGAUGGCUAAUGUUAAUAAUUUUUACUGCAGUCAUGGUGACACUGCCACGCAGGCAUGACUGUAGUGAAAUUUAACAGCAGAAAUAUUUUACUCACCUGCACCAACCAUUAAAACUGAUCUGAACUCUUUGGGAGUUCCAAGGUACUGCUGGUGCGAGUUAGAAUUUUCCAGAUUUCUGUGAAUGAAAUUAGCUCUGUUUGUGACUUAAAUAUUUAAGUGUUGCAAAGACUGUGAUUGACAGCUUUAGACAAUUGACCCUGGUGAGCGUAAAUUUGUCUUCGGCAGCAGAGCAGACAGAAUCUCUACGAGUAGAUUUCCAAUAGAUUGGGGGUAAAAUUCUUCUGGAUUAAACAUGAAGAUAUUCCAAGCUCUAAGGAGCUGCAUAUUGACCCGGGUAUGGUUGUGUUUUCUCUCACUUACCUUGCAGCGUACGGAUUAGAGUGUGUGUGUCAAUAGUGGGGUUCCAUUCCCUUGAGUUUAGAUCAAUUUGGUUACUAUGUUGCUUUCCACUAUGUUUUUUUCCUGUUUGUGUUCACUUCAAUAGGAAGAGUAUCCAGCCUGCUGCAUGUUUAAUCACAGAACUGCUCUGAGGCAGUCUUAGCUAUUAGAGUGAUAAAUGAGUGUUCAGAAGUUGUACAGGAAAGCAGUUUAAAAUGGAAACAGGCUCUGCACUAUGUUUUUAAUUGCUACGUAUCAAACUUCCUGUGAUAUUUACAAUAUUUCAACUCACCUGGAUUUGACAUUCGAUGAUAUGACUACUAAAAAUCUAAUUAUCCAGCAGAAGUACAACAAAAAGCAUGGAAGAGACGAAGAAAGUGAAACCAGAAGAGCAAAGUGCAGAAGAAUCAGCUUUCCAGGAAGCCUUACUAGAAUUUCAAAUUGAGCGAAAAGAAGCAGCAAUUGAUAAGGUUUUCUCUGAUUUGAAACAAGUGGAAAAAAAGAACAAAGAAUAUAAUGAAAGAAAUGACAAUCUGAAGGAGGAACUGCAGGCACACAUCAGGCGUAUACUAAGAAGAACGGAAGAAAAAGAGCGAGAAAAAGAUGGAAAGGAGGUUGUAACUAGGGAUGACGUGGAAGAAUCACUGAAAGACAAAUGGCAAUAUGCUAAGGACAAAGAACAAAUUCUAAAAGACCUGCUCUUCCAAACAGAAGAAACUGACCAACGACUUUCAGUGAGGCAGAAAGAGAGGGAUUAUUGGUUGGAGUACAAAAAUGUAGGGAGUAGGACGGAUGCCAGCAAGAUUGAGAAUGUGGAAAAAGACAUCAAGGAAGUCAAAGAUGACUUUCAAAGGGCUGCAGAAUAUUAUAGAAAUGCUUUGAAAGCAGUGAAUGAAGAAAAUGAUACUCUGGUGGAGAUGUACAUGAAGAAAAGUAAGGAACAGGCCCCAGAGAACGCUGUAAGAUACUUACACAAAAGCGGCUGCAAAGAAAUUGAAGAGAAUGAGUGGCUAAAGGAAGAGGUUAAACUGUACCGAAAGGAAGUGAGAGAUUUGAAAGCCUCUGUUCAGCUCCUGGAAGAAGAAAAUAUCAGUUUAGUGAGAAAACUGAUGGAUAACAAAAUUCAGAACCUGAGAGUACCCAGGCAUUUGUUUCUUACUCAGGCAGCUGGCUUGCAAGAUGAAGCUCUCCAGGAUGAAAUUAAAGGAGUAGAGCAUAGAGAGUACUCAGCAAAGACGUAUGGAGAGGAAAGCCUCCCAAGUGCUGCAGUCUCCUGUCAGAAAAAAAAGGCCUUUCCAAAGAUUCAGUGUCAAACAGAGCUUGGGAAGUCAUGGGACCGUGAUGAGGAGCUGCAGGAAAAGUCAUUGACUCCAAUUCUUAACAGCUUGUUUGAAAUUGAAAGAGAUUUCCAGGAAUACUUAAAAUUGGGUCCCCUGGAGUCGAAGCCCAUGUGUGUGGUUGGAAGAGCCAUGCCUAUUCAUAAAGAACCAGAAGAAAUGCCAAGCAAGAGCCCCCCAGAAGGCAACUAUAUCGGUGAAUCAGACAGGCACAUCACACCUCGGAUGAUCGAGGCCUUAUCUAAAGAAAAGCAGGUGUCUCCGUGCGCCAGAGGUGCUUGGAACUGACCACCAGCUCCUCAGAAACCUGGCUCUCAAAGAAACAGAAACACAGGAGCCUUCAUCUCAGACUGAACCUCCCUCGGAUUGCACAGUGAACACUUAAAUGAGUUUGGACGUGUCUCUGCUGUAACCCGGUUGAGUUACUGCGAAUACUGAGCUGACCCCUAACAUUCAUGUGGCCAGAGAACAUGGCUGCAUGCUUGCAGGGUGCUCAUGUUUCAAGCCCAACAGAAGGCUCCCUUCGCUGCAGUGGCUUUCUUUGAUUGAAGUGCAAGCUGCAGGAGACAGCUUACUUGAAAGAGAGAUUAGUUCUGCUCCGUGGUUAGUCUAGCUUUCCGUUUAGUCACAGAAUUAGAAUAUGGCUUACGUUGAACAGCUUUGCUGUUAAAGAAAGGCCUUGCCUUCUUCCCACCGCUCCUCAAAUGGCAUUUACAUUAAUGUAGGGCUCAUCUCUAGGCUUCUCUGUGCUUAUGCCCAUAAUCCACUCCACGUUGUAAGACAUCAAGUUGUACCUCAGAAAAAAUAACUUUGCAUCUUGAAAUCACUGCUUGGGUUUUAACCAUAAAUGCCUGUGUGGGUGAGAGGGAGUUAAAAAGAAAUCUGAAACAUGUUAAUUAGGGCACAAGCCACAGGCAGCCUGCACAAGCCAGAUGCAAGAGCCUACAGUGAAGUGUCUCAAAUCCCCCUGAUUUCCAUAGGCUUAGCAUUAAAGCCAGUGUGAAGCUUUUACAUGGGAAACAGCUAGGCCUUUAGCAAAAGAGCAUUUACAGAUCAUCUUGAGUGAGAUCAUAGGGCAGGUGCAGGACAGGCAGGGGAUCAAGCCCAGCCAGCAUGGGUUCAUGAAAAGCUUGACCAACCUGAUCUUCUGUGAUCCUGUGACCUACCUGGCGGAUGAGGGAAAGGCUGUUGAUGUGGUCUACCUAGACUUCAGCAAAGCCUUCAACA